AUGGACAGUCUAACAUUACUUGAUAGUUAUCAUAUGGGACUAAACCAAGAAACAAAGUGGGAAGAAAUUGGAGACUAUGAGCCACCAUAUAUACCAGAAUUAUUACCUGACUGGCAAAAAACAACGAAUCGAGGCAUGAAUUACAGGGAUAUGUAUACGGAAUUGGAUUCUAUAGGAUCCGGUGGUUUUGGACACGUGUUUGAAGUGACAGAUAAAUACAAUGGAGGCAAAUAUGCGAUUAAGAAAUGUAAAUUAGAUGUUCUGAAUGAAAAACAAAAGGAAAACAUUUUGAGAGAAACGGAUAACUUGAUUAAAUUGCGCUCAAUAUAUGUCAUUUAAUACUAUCACUCGUGGUUUGAGGGCAACUGUCUAUUCCUUCAAAUGGAUUGUUUGGCCGGAAAUUUAAUGAAAAUUUUAAAAAUUAAGAGAC